CAGAAACGAGUCCUCCCCGCCAAAAUGAAGACUCCACUUCACCGGGAGCGCAGGCUCGAGACUUCAGUCACUCCACAGCCCUAACAUUCCCUCAUAAUGCCCGCCCCCGACGCCUCCGGACAGCCCACAAAUGGCGCUUUCAAGUAUAGACGAGUCACGGAGCAACCAGAGAACCCGUUUGUCAACCUAGUUCCCGAGCAAAACAUUGCCAUUGUGCCCCAGUUCACCCUCGAAUCGGGUGUCGUCCUUCACAAUGUGCCCGUCGCAUACAAGACAUAUGGCACCCUCUCGCCAAGCGCCGACAACGCCAUGGUGAUAUGCCAUGCCCUUACAGGGAGUGCAGACGUGGGAGACUGGUGGGGCCCGCUACUGGGAGGUCCGGGGAAGGCCUUCGAUCUCUCUAGGUUCUUUGUCGUGUGCCUGAAUAGUCUCGGGAGUCCCUACGGGAGCGCGAGUCCCGUCACCGCCAAAGAUGGUGACCCGUCGCUAGGCCUAUAUGGUCCCGAGUUCCCUCUGACCACCGUCAGGGACGAUGUCAAUAUCUUCAAACUCAUCCUGGACGAUCUGGGCGUGAAACAGAUUGCCGUGGUCAUAGGAGGCUCCAUGGGCGGUAUGCUUGUCCUCGAGUUUGCAUACUUCGGUAAGGACUACGUCAGGAGCAUAGUCGCGAUUGCUACUUCUGCUCGCUACAGCGCCUGGGGAAUCAGCUGGGGCGAAGCACAGCGGCAGAGCAUCUACAGCGAUCCCAAAUACGACGAUGGAUAUUACUCCUUCGACGAUCCUCCUUCUACUGGACUGGGAGCUGCACGUAUGUCUGCCCUCCUGACGUACCGGAGUCGGGACUCAUUCGAAUCGCGGUUCGGAAGGAAUACCCCUGAUCUAUCACGUAAACAGAAUAUCACUGGAACUCUUCGGCCUACUUCACCCGCCCAUGAGCACUGGGCAAUACAUAAUGAGGGACAUAAGCAUGCAAGGUCACCGCGAGGCUCUCGCACGAGCAGCACAGCCCCAUUGCCUGUCAAUGCAGCAACCCAGACAGACCUGGAAUUCCACAGUGCCUCGAACUCCGGGACCUCCACUCCCGCAAGACCAGAAUCCGAGCCCUUGAAGAAUGAUUCCACAACAUCUCUGCCGAACAGGCGUCCUCCGACGUAUUUCUCGGCUCAGUCCUAUUUACGGUACCAAGGAGAAAAGUUUAUCAAGCGCUUCGACGCAAACUGUUACAUUGCCAUCUCCCGUAAGCUAGAUACUCACGAUGUCUCUCGAGACCGGUACCCGGAGGGCAAAGACCCAAGCAGUCUGGAUCCCGUCUCAGCGUUACACUACGCAUUGUCUCUCAUUGAACAGCCCGCUCUCAUAUUAGGAAUCCAGUCGGACGGACUCUUUACCUUUGCCGAGCAACAAGAGCUGGCAGCACAUAUACCCAAGGCCACUCUGAAGACCAUCGACUCGCCCGACGGUCAUGACGCUUUCUUGCUGGAGUUUGAGCAGGUGAACAAGCACCUGCUGGGCUUUUUGAACGAUAUUCUUCCUGACAUCAUGUCGCGUACGCCGCGCCUGGAUAGUCCGAAUCCAGAUACCGGGCUAGAGGCGACGAAGUCAAGUACUUUUGGAGAGGCCGAGGUGGAAGAUAUAACGGCUUGGUAGGUUCUGACAGGACCGUUAAAAGAUUUUUGAGUUCGGAGACACUUUUUCAUGCAACUCUUGGCACCUGUUGAAUAUGGUCGGCAACGCAUUGUUUGAGAACUAUGAAAGAUAUCCGGCAUUUGGUGGCGCUUGUGGAGCAUAUCGGCGUGUUGGAGUAUGAAGAAGGGGAGUACUGUCUGGGUUUCGGCAUAUGCUUGAAAGAAGCCCUGGGAUAGAUCUGGAGCAGUUGGCUGCAUGUGAGGUUCAACCCCUCCGCCGUUAUUUUAUGAAAUAGAUUCAAUGCAUAGAUAUCAUUC